AUGGGUGGAGUUGGUACAUCGGGUUCACGUAAAGAUAAGAAGAGGUCUAGAUUAAUUCUUAGCGAUUCGAGGUUGAGCGAUGAGUUACUAGAGCGGAUUCGGAGGAAAGUAACAGGCAAGUGUCGUAAUGGCUCAGUUGAUUUUAGAAAGAAUGUUGUGGACAAUGGAGAAUUUGUUAGGAAUGGCGAAUCUGGAAGUGAAGAGAGAAAGGGAAGGGGGAGUCCCAUGGAAUUUGGAAGUGGGUCUAGUAGAAACAUAAUGGGUGGGAGGAAUAAAGGAGUCAAUUGCAAUGUAAAGAGCAUGUUGGAGAGGGAGGAGGAUGAAGCUCAUUUGCUCAUUUCAUCUUUGAGGAGAGAGAAGUUUUGUGAAGCAUCCGAUAAGCUUAUCAAGUUGCAGGGGAAAAAUGGUGUUGAAAGUAAUGGUCAAUAA